AUGGCUGAGUGGCAUCAGGGUAUAAAGGGACAAGCCAAGGAGCUCAGGCCACACAGCACAGCAUCAGACUUGUGCCCCAAACCCUCAGCAGCCAUGCUGCUGUUGGUGACAUUGGCUCUUCUAGCCAGUUCCACCUGCGGAGCCCAGAACAAUAAGUAUUUCUACAUUCGUGGUGAAGAUCAGGGGGAGCUCAGAGGUGUCCGGGUCUUCUUAGGUCAUAUGUCUGCCAUCAAUGGCAUUCAGCUGCUGAUUGGUGAGGAGUGGAGUUUAGUCUAUGGAUCUCCAACACGAAAAGAGCAGACGUUCCUGCUGAAGAACGGUGAGCACGUGAUUGCAGCGGAGACUAAUAACGGCCUCUGUAUCCGGUACCUGGGGCUGUGGACCAAUUACAGACGUAGGGCCACUUUGGGUAUGAGGAAAGGCUUUUUCCUCAGAGACCCUGGGCAUCCCGGCAAGCAUCUACUAACUAUGGAUGGCAAGUACCUUCCUGGUUACUGUAUCACUGAGCUGGGCUUCAAGUGGGGACAUGGUCCAGAGGAUCUAACCUCGGAGACGCCAGAACAGCCGAGUCCAGACAUUUCCAAAGAGGAAGACAAAGAUGAAAAAGAUGCAAGCAAUGGUGAAGAUGGAGAUAAAGAUGGUGAAGAUGGAGAUAAAGGAGGUGAAGAAGCUGUUAACCAUGACAAGGAAGCUGAUAAAGGAGGUGAAGAAGCUGUUAACCAUGACAAGGAAGCUGAUAAAGGAGGUGAAGAAGCUGUUAACCAUGACAACAAGGAAGCUGAUAAGAGUGAUAAAGAUGAGAGCAAUGAGGAAGCCAACCCCAGUGACAACAAGAAAGCCUGUGAAGAUGGCAGUGAGGACAACAGUGACCAAAACAAAGACAAUGAGGAAGCCUCUAACGAUGGCAGUGAGGAAGCUGAGAAAGAUGACCAAAAGGACAACGAUAAGGAAGAUGAAGGCGACGAAGGAGCUGAUAACGAGGACAGCAAGGAAACCUGUAAAGAUGGCAGUGAGGACAAAAGUAACUAA